GGGUUGGGUGGGAUUUGAAUUUUUUCGAGUCUGUUGACCGUUUGACCAGCCUGUGCCUCCCCCUCCCUCCCUCCUCACCCUCCGGACACAACAGAACACUGUCUCCUCUUGACCGGCAGCCUUCGUUCCUUUGAUUCCUGAUCAACUUCACCCUUCUCCAUCCCACUCUCAACUAGCAAUGUCUGCCGAACAAACCCCAACCGUUGAUGGCAACGUCCCCGGCGCCGAAGCCGAGAGCACCGAAUUCAAUGGUGCCAUCGGUAUCGAUCUCGGUACCACUUACUCUUGUGUAGGUGUUUGGCAGAACGAUCGGGUGGAGAUCAUUGCCAAUGAUCAGGGUAACCGAACCACCCCAUCUUAUGUCGCCUUCACCGCCGAGGAGCGUCUGAUAGGUGAUGCCGCCAAAAACCAGGCCGCCAUGAACCCCCGCAUGACCGUCUUUGACGCCAAACGUCUUAUCGGUCGUCGUUUUGAUGACAGUGAUGUCAAGAAGGACAUGGUUCACUGGCCCUUCGCUGUCAUCGAGAAGGAUGGUAACCCAUUCAUUCAAGUUGACUACUUGGGAGAAACCAAAACCUUUUCUCCUCAGGAGAUCUCUGCCAUGGUUCUCGCUAAGCUUAAGGAGACCGCUGAGACCAAACUGGGCAAGGAAGUCAAGAAGGCUGUCAUCACCGUGCCUGCCUACUUCAAUGACUCCCAGCGAUUGUCAACCAAGGAUGCCGGUGCCAUUGCUGGUCUGGAUGUGCUCCGUAUCAUCAACGAGCCCACCGCCGCUGCAAUUGCCUAUGGUCUUGGUGAAGCCAGCGACAAGAAAGAAAAGAAGGAGCGAACAGUCCUGAUUUUCGAUCUUGGAGGUGGUACUUUCGAUGUUUCCCUGCUUUCGAUUGCUGGUGGCGUCUUCACUGUCAAGGCUACCGCCGGUGACACCCAUUUGGGAGGCGAGGACUUUGACAACGCGCUCCUCGAACACUUCAAGAAUGAAUUUAAGCGAAAGACCAAGCUCGAUAUCGAUGGGGACGCCCGUGCUCUUCGUCGUCUUCGAUCUGCAUGUGAACGAGCCAAGCGAACGCUCUCCUCUGUCACCCAAACCACUGUCGAGGUCGACUCUCUGUUCCAAGGAACCGACUUCUCAUCUGCGAUCUCUCGAGCCCGAUUCGAGGAGAUCAAUGCCCAGACAUUCCGAUCAACCCUCGACCCCGUCGACAAGGUCCUCAAGGACGCUAAAAUCGACAAGUCGAAGGUGGAGGAUAUCGUCCUUGUCGGUGGAUCCACACGAAUUCCCAAAAUUCAAUCCCUGGUAUCCGACUUCUUUGGUGGGCGCCAAUUGAACAAGAGCAUCAACCCCGACGAGGCUGUUGCUUACGGUGCAGCUGUCCAGGCUGCCGUUCUUACCGGCCAAACAAGUGAGAAGACUGCCGACUUGUUACUAUUGGAUGUUGCCCCUCUAUCGUUGGGUGUUGCCAUGCAGGGUGACGUCUUCGGUGUUGUCGUUCCCCGAAACACUCCUAUCCCCACCAACAAAUCUCGAACAUUCACCACCGUCGAAGACAACCAGUCCACAGUUACCUUCCCGGUCUAUGAGGGGGAGCGUGUCACUUGCAAGGAAAACAGGUUGCUCGGUGAAUUUGAGCUCUCUGGAAUCACUCCUCAGCCCAGAGGACAGGCCGAGCUUGUUUGUACCUUCGAGGUUGAUGCCAAUGGUCUGCUGAAGGUCUCAGCCCUUGAUCGAACUUCUGGACGACGGGCCAACAUCACGAUCACCAACUCGGUCGGUCGUCUAUCCUCGGCCGAGAUUGAUCAAAUGAUCAAGGACGCCGAAUCCUUCAAACAGGCCGACAAAGAGUUUUCUGCCAAGCACGAGGCCAAGCAGGAGCUCGAGUCUUACAUUUCGCAGGUCGAAGCUACCAUCACUUCACCUGAAGUCGGUAUGAAAAUCAAGCGAAACAACAAGGCUGCCGUUGAGGCUGAACUUGCCAAAGCUCUUGAAAAAUUGGAGAUCGAGGAUUCCAGCGCAGAUGAGCUGAAGAAGUGCCAAUUGGGCCUGAAACGAGCCAUGCAAAAGGCAAUGGCCGGAACUGCCCGUUAAUUUCUUAAUCUUUGCCAUACCAACAAAAAACCCUCAAUCGCAUUUCUCGAAGGCCAUUUUGUUUGCCAAUCUAGAGUUUUUUUCUCAAAAUGUUAUUUCAUGUUUCUUUCUUUUUUUGCUCCUUGGUACUUGUCAGCUGUCCAGCUCGAAAAAGAAACAAAAAAGAAUUUUCAAACUAUGUCUACUUGAAACCCCGAUUCCCCUCCACCGUCAUCUCCUUUCAUCUUUUACACCCGCCCUUUCCUCACUUCUCUCUCAAAAAUCUCAAUUUCCUUUCAUCCUCGAGACGCAAUCAAAAAUAAUGAUCCUCCAUUGAGGAACUUCUCAAACUCCAAAAUCCAAACAAUAACAUCUACUUGAAACAUUUUGAGGGUACAUGAGCUAGC